AUGAGUAAUCAACUUCAGCUCAAUUCACCUGUAAUCGGAGAAGAAGAUGAGGAAAUGAGGGAUGUCGAGGUUAAAGAAAAAAAGGAAGAUGCAAGAAGGGAUACUCGUAAAAGUAGACCUAAAAGGGCCACAAAACCAAAAGCAAUCAUUCAAGAGUUAUCCGUUGUCUCAACCAGCAGUGGACCAUCAAUCAGCGCUCCUUCUGAAACCACCAAUAUUGGUGAAAUAUCUAAUCAAUUCCAUAAAUUAUACUACGACGUUGAUAUUGCUGAAAAGAAAGGUGAUCAAGAGAACCGGGAUGUAAUUCAAUGCUACUUCCGGUUUGGGAGAGCUCUAUCAGAACGACUUGCUGUAUUGUUAAUGAAUAACCCCCCACAGACAGCGCGUACAAAGUUAAAUAAAGAAGUUAAGGAAAAGCUUCCGAAAAAAAACAGAACAGAUACGGCUAGAAAAAUUUAUGACGUAUUUAAUAAGAUCGGAGAAGAUAUUAUAAAAAAUUUCCCUUUGAAUGUUUUCUAUUCCCAGUUUAUACGCGUGGUCCUGGCUAGACAACUUAAAUCAAGAAAAAUGGACGAGAAAGCUGAUAAGAGAGUUCAUAGAACCUUUCAGGAAUCCAAGACAGGGGAACCCAAUAUAUGUUCCGUUUGGUGUCGAGGGGAAGAUGGUAAAACCACCACAUUGUCGACCAAUUCCAAUAAUAACCAUAUGGGACGCGGUAGCCCUUCUUUGGACAAUCUACAUCAUGAAAAUGAAGGAUUUCGAGGAAAUGGAACUUCAAAACCAGAAAAAAUAUCUUUCCAGAAUGCUAAUUAUCUUGGCCGACAAAAUCACAAUGAUGAAUACGGAAAGGUUGCAUUGCCCAACAGCAGUAAAUAUAACGAUUUCAGCGGAAAAGGUGAAGAUUGUAAAAUUUAUGUUCGGGGCGUCAGUCCGCACGUCACAAAAGAUCAACAAAUCAGUAGCACUGUCGAGGGUAGAAUCUAUACCAAUCCUACAAUUGCGCCAUUCGAAUGUUGUCCAAACAUGCAGACGAUCCAAUCUUCGCUAUUUUCCUUUGGGCAACUGCGCCGAAUUGGUACCUUGGCGGGCCAUGCAUGGACGAAAGAAGAACCGAAAACACCGUGUCGUUUUGUGGUCCCAAACAUUCAAUCUAUUGAAGAAAGAAUUUCGGAAACCAUGUCUCCAGUGCCGAAGGGUGAAGAGCAGGAUGAACCUCGAGAAGGUCGCAAUAAUCCGAAGUCUCCACUUAUGAUAGUCGAAAUGAUCGCAAAUAAAUCAGAUCGUAAACGCGUUGCAAAUUCUCUUAACUGUAAACUCGAACCCGGAGAUUUUUCUGGUUGUAUUUGUUAUAUGGAACAAGUUAAAGAGUAUUAUGGUUUUGAUCAUAUAAUCAUCAUCGGAGAACUUCAUGCUGGAAUUCUUUUUUUGGACUGUUACGGUCGUGUGUUCAUAUGGGACUCAAUGUGUUAUAUUUUAUGGAUGCUUGGGGAUUAUUGGAACGAGGCAACAAAGACUAGCCAACCAAAGUGGGGUUUAGAGGUUGAUUGGACUGUUGUCAGAUUUGAAGAAUUUAUGAAUGAUAGCAAAGAAAAUACUAGCAUUGAUGAAAAGAUCGCCACAUCUCAAGCAAGUAUACCAUCCCCAUUCCAGAUAAAUGCAUCUAACAAAAUCCGACCUCCAGUCUCUAUUUUACCCAAUGAUCCAGAAGAGAAGCAAAAAUCCAUUAUUAACAAAGUGCUAGAGCAGUUUCCUUAUUUAUCUUUUAAUUACAGUAAUAAGUGUGGCAAUUACUUUACUUGUUCAAAGAUAUGUAAUAAAGAUCACAAGAAAGAAGAUGUAAAAGGCGAAUGGGGUAGUGGCGAUUAUGUCAAUACAAAUACUUAUCGUAUCAAUGGUUAUAAGAAUUAUCAAAAUUCAAUCCAAAUAGUAACAGUGAAAGCAUAG